AUGGGAAAAUCAUCAAAGGAUAAGCGCGAUGCCUACUAUCGUCUUGCCAAAGAACAAGGCUGGCGUGCCCGCAGUGCUUUCAAGCUCCUACAACUGGAUGAGGAAUUCAAUCUUUUCGAAGGAGUGACUCGUGUAGUCGAUCUCUGCGCCGCACCCGGAAGUUGGAGUCAAGUUCUAUCUCGCGUCUUGAUCAAGGGCGAAAAGAUCGGUCGCGCGGGCUGGGAAGACAAGCAAGCCAGAGAAAAGCUCGAACUUCAUGGUCAAACUACCACAUCAAGACAUGAGCAAGAGACGAGACAGCAACUGCAACCGAGAGAAAAUGUCAAGAUCGUGGCCAUUGAUCUGCAACCCAUGUCACCUCUGGAAGGCAUUGUGACCAUGCGCGCAGACAUUACACAUCCUUCGACCAUUCCGUUACUACUCAAGGCCCUAGAUCCUGAUACUUUUGACCCCACGUCUGUGCAAGCAUCUCAUCCCGUGGAUCUGGUCAUCUCGGACGGAGCACCUGACGUUACUGGACUACAUGAUCUCGAUACAUACGUGCAAUCACAACUACUCUGGGCAGCUCUAAAUCUCGCCCUUUGUGUUCUCAAACCUGGCGGCAAGUUCGUGGCCAAGAUCUUCCGAGGCAAGGAUGUGGAUCUGCUAUAUGCUCAACUCAAGAUUGUGUUCGAGCGCGUGCGUGUAGCCAAGCCGAGAAGUAGUCGCGCAAGCAGCGUAGAAGCAUUCGUCGUAUGCACAGGUUUCCGCCCGCCGAAGGGCUUUAAAGCCAGUCUGGAGAACCCCUUGGGCGCUGGUACGCAACUGCAAGUACCGGAGGAUAUGGAGGUCGAAAAGACACAACCAUCACGCACAUUACGACCAGACGGUAUCACGGAACUGGAACUUGGCUCGGAAGAUGAGGAGGACAGUAAAGACAUCAGAUGGAUUGCUCCAUUCUUGGCUUGCGGUGAUCUGUCUGCCUACGAUGCAGACGCUUCUUACCACCUUCCUAAAGAUCAUGUUGUUCUGGACCCUGUACAACCGCCUACUGCUCCGCCAUACAGAAAGGCUUUGGAAAUGCGCAAGGCAGCUGGUGGAGCUUACGGCAAGACCAAGUUGGGUUGA